AUGGUACCCAACAUAGGUUUCAAUCUUGCCAUGUUAGUUAUUUGGGGUAUAAUAUUAGCUGUUAAUUGUGUUCAAGUAUAUUGGAGACAAUGGUGGUUCUCAAUAGCAUUUAUCUGCGCUGAUAUUUUGGAAAUAUUGGGUUAUGUAGGUAGAGUUAUCGGUCAUUACAACUUAUAUUCUCUAGAUCCAUACAUUCUUCAAAUGGUUUGUUUAACUUUAGCUCCCAUCUUUACCAUGGGUGGGUUGUAUUAUCAAUUGGCAAAAUUAAUUGAAAUUUAUGGUCAUAAAUAUUCUCUUUUACCUUCCCCCAUGGCUUAUUCCUACAUUUUCAUCUUUUGCGAUAUAGUAUCAUUGGCUGUACAAGCUGCUGGUGGUGGUGUGGCAGCUACUGAUGUGGCCGAUAGCAAGUCUUCACAUCAAGGUACACAAAUCUUUAUCGGUGGUCUUUCUUUACAAGUAGCAACAAUGGUCAUCUUCAUGGUGCUUUGGUUCUAUUUCACUUGGAUUGUUUACAUCGAUACAAGAUUGAAAUAUACAGGAAAAAAAUUCCCCACUUGGUCUGUAUUGAAAGUUCCAAAUAUUCAACUAGAACAAUACUACAGAGAAAAAUACGCUCAUUUACGUGUUAAUCCAGAAAGAUUCCUCUUCAAAUAUUUCCCCUUGGCCUUUUCUGCUGCUGUCAUUUUUGUGUUUAUUCGUUGUUGUUAUCGUUUAGCUGAAUUAGUCGACGGUUGGUCAGGUUAUAUCAUUACUCAUGAAAAUUAUUUUAUUAUAUUAGACGCUUUGAUGGUCUCUAUGGCAACCGUCUUGAUGAGCAUCUUCCAUCCAGGUCUUGCAUUCGAUGGGCUACAUACAAGUAUUCCAAUUACUAAAGGUCAUGUGGAUCCAGAGACUUUGAUGAAUGUUGAUUUGGAAUCUUCUGCAUACAAGUAUGACGAAGACAUCCAAGUCCAAUCCGGUUGUAACGAUGGAGAUGUGGACAUUCAAACUAUUCAUACUCAAACUGUAGGGAAAUAUAAUGAUUUCGAUAAACGUGAUGAAUUGGAAGUGGUUGAUGAAGUCAAUUCUUUCAAAUCUUCUUCAAAUGGCACAUUAGACACUGAAGUAGAACAUCAAAUCGAUGAUGAUAAAGAAGAAAAGGUGGAUUUAAAACCUUCAACUUCAAUAGAAUAUGCAGUUUGA